AUAAAGGUUAGUUUGUACCGCCUGUACUUGCUGUCAGUGAAAUUUAUUAAACAAAAAACAAAACAAACUAAAAAGAAAAAAAAAUAUUAUUAAUAUAAUUUUUCACUUCUUCUUCGUUCUGUUUUGUAAUAAAUUAAAUUUUUCAUAUAAUAAUGGCUACACUUCGACCAUUUACAUGCGAUGAUCUAUUUCGAUUUAACAAUGUAAAUUUGGAUCCUCUUACGGAAACUUAUGGACUAUCAUUUUAUAUGCAAUAUUUAGCACACUGGCCUGAAUAUUUUCAAGUUGCUGAGUCUCCAAGUGGUGAAAUAAUGGGAUAUAUUAUGGGAAAAGCAGAAGGUCAUGGAGAAGAUUGGCAUGGACAUGUAACUGCACUUACUGUUUCACCAGAUCACAGAAGAUUAGGUUUGGCAGCAUCUCUCAUGAAAUUCUUGGAGGACUUAUCCGAAAAAAAAUCUGCAUACUUUGUUGAUCUUUUUGUACGAGUGAGUAAUACAGUUGCAAUUAAAAUGUACCAGCAAUUGGGCUAUAUAAACUACAGAACAGUUUUAGAAUAUUAUAGUGGAGAUCCUGGAGAAGAUGCUUUUGAUAUGAGAAAAGCCUUAUCUAAAGAUACUAAGAAGAAAUCUGUGAUACCUUUAAGCCAUCCUGUGAGACCGGAAGACGUUGACUGAUACCAAUAUGAUUAUUAAAAAAAACAAUUGCAAAUAGAAUGUAAUAAAAAAAAUAAUUUCUAAA